AUGGCUUCUGACGAUAAGAAUAAGCAGCUUGAGUCUCUGGCUUUUGACCAGGAAACAGGUUCCCAGAUUGUUGUCGAUACAGCUGCCGAGCGAUCUUACUUGCGCAAGAUGGACGCAUGGCUCCUGUCAUAUCUGAGCGUCAUGUACUUUUUCAAUGCUGUUGAUAGAAGUAACCUGGGAAACGCCGAGACAGAUGGAAUGAGCAAAGAUCUCAACUUCAAGGGCCAAGAGUUCUCACUUUUAAUCCUCCUCUUUUAUGUCCCAAACGGUCUCUGUGAUCUCCCACUUAACCUGCUUCUGAAGAAGUUUUCUGGUAGAAUCAUGCUGCCGUCCCUCAUGGUCGGCUGGGGUUCCAUGGCGUUAUUGCAAGCCGCCUGCAAGAACUUUGGAGGCAUGCUGGCCAUCCGCCUCCUGCUGGGUGCUUUCGAAGCCGGUUUCUUUGCUGGUGCUGUCUUUUAUCUGACUCUCUUUUACCAGCGUGGCGAACUUGGCUUUAGGAUUGCCAUCUUUUUUGGUAGUGCGCUGCUUGCUAGUGCUUUCUCGGGUCUCAUCUCGUUUGGCGUCUUCCAGAUCAAGGUCUCUCACGUUCAUGGUUGGAUGUGGUUGUUUAUAAUUGAAGGGAACUCAGGUACAAUGACUGUGCUGUUGGGAAUUGUUGCCUUCUGGUGGCUCCCUGCCGACCCGCAAAGUGCCUGGUUCUUAACAGAAGAAGAGAAACACGUUGCAAGGCAAAGGGCUCUGCGUGACGGGAGUGGAGCUGUUGGAGAAGAGUUCAAUCUCAAAGAAUGCUUCAAGAGCUGGAACAGCUGGAGAUUCGCAGUGUGGUGUGUUAUCAGCCUGACAUACCCCGUCGCCUUCUCCACUACCUCCAAUUUCCUGCCGCUCAUUAUCCGUCGUUUGGGAUAUAGCACGGUUAUCACAAACCUUCUGACUGUACCUCCCAAUGUUGCAGGAUUCCUGGUUCUUCUCGCAGUUACCUGGAGCUCUGACCGUAACAGAGAAAGAACACUGCAUAUCGUUGGCAGUCUGUGCACAAGCCUCGUUGGCUUACUCAUCCUCGCCAUCAUUGAUGCUGAAGCGCACAUUGGAGUGGCCUACUUCGCAUGUUUUAUGCUGUGUGCUGGGGCAUAUAUCCCGAGUUGUCUAGUUCAUAGCUGGCACAACAACAACAAUCUCAGUGAGAACUCCCGAGCGGCUACGACUGGCCUACUCGUAGGUCUCGGUAACCUUGGUGGCAUUCUAUCCGCUGGGACGUUCAGAACAACUUAUGCACCUCGCUAUGCACCUACCCUGAUCGGCACAGCUGCUUGCAAUGUCACCUGCAUCAUUUUCACAUUAGGUUUGGGAUUCUGGAUGAGGAAGCAGAACCGUAUGAAGAAUGAGGCACAAGGUGUUGAUAUAAAGGCCGAGGAUGUUGCUACUUCCGAGAUCACUGAUGGUGAACAAGAUCCGCGUUGGAGGUUCUUUGUGUAA